CCUCAGUCACAGAACCUUGGGUUGCAUCCUUUCACAUUGCUUGGUGGUGUCAUCAUACUAGCUAGUAGCCCACCACAACAGCCACCCACCACCGCAGCCACUGCUUUGCCUAGCCUCGCCCCCCUCGCUCCUUAACAUAUCUAUUUAGUAUUUAUUUCCCUUCUAAGCUAGCAAAUGCCCACAAACAACCACCAAAGACACCACCAUGGGCAACAAUAAUUCAUCAUCAUCUUCUUCUUCUUCUUGGAGCCCGCGUGCGUGGUUGGGAAGUUCCAUCCCCUGCUUGAAACCUAAAAGAGAGCACAAACUUUUAAUCCAUGGAUUGGAUUCUUCGGGAAAGACCACCUUGCUGUAUCGUCUCAAGAUGGGUGAGGUUGUGACAACCAUCCCCACAAUUGGAUUCAAUGUAGAGACAUUGAAAUUCGAGGGCCGAGAAUUUGUGGCCUGGGAUGUUGGUGGACGGGACAAGAUACGACCACUGAUGAGGCAUUACUAUCCCGGGACCGAUGGCGUCAUUUUCAUGGUGGAUUCCAACUACGAGGAUCGCAUGCAACAGGCCAGGGACGAGUUUUACAGACUCGUUACUGAUGAAUUGAUGGAAAACAAGCCUGUCCUGUUGCUUUGCAACAAGCAAGAUCUGCCCAAUGCGUGGUCCCCUGAACGGGUGGCAUCAUUCUUUGGAGUGGAAACAGCCAGCAAAACUACAAGGAUGGUCCGUGUCCUUGGUUGUAUUGCCACAAAGGCAGAGAAUGUCUGGGAAGGUUUGGAAUGGUUGGCCAUGGCCAUUGAAAAUGAUGGUGCUAAGGUUGACGAAGAAUCAGACACUGAGGAAGAGCAACUCGAGGAGGCAGAGGACCUGGCCACCGUCUCUCACCCAGAGAAGCGAGAGCUCAGCCACGACCCAACAGCUCCUGCAAAUCCCACCCUCAAGCACUUUCAACCAAUCAAGCAGGGCACAAUGUGUCCCUUUGCCAAAGCUGCCAAGCUUUGGGGUGGAUUAAGCCAGACACCUACCUUGGAUGUCAAAGAACUGGCCAGUUCGCAUGCCGAGGCACUAACCAAGUUCGUCCGUUGUAGUGAUAGUCAAAAGUUGGAUGGCUUUUGCAUUGAGCUAGAAGAUCCACGAGCACAAAGUGCGGACCCAGAAGAUGUUGGAGCCUGCGUGAAGGAAGUGUUGACCUUGCUGUCUGAUCUAGACCCAGCCAAGGAAUGCGUGAUGAGUGUCAAUUACAUUGGCUCGCGGGGUUGGCGCUUCCGCUUUGAUCAAAUGGAUUUCUUUGUGACAACCUUUGCUCCCUGUUAUUCCAAGACUUCCAGUCGUUAUGCCUUUGAAACUGGACGGGCCUUUAUCCUAUUGCAGCCCGAGAGUUCGUUCCUGCGACAUGAUCUUCCCGUCGACAGUCCUCACACCAAUUGGGAGGAACCGCAGACUAUUCGUGACAAGACAAGGGUGGCCUUUCACAAAGCAGGGCAGCCAUAUUUCAUUCCUCGCACAACAAACUAUCCCGCGGCAGAACACAUUGUCAAACCCUUGAAGGAUGACGGCAUUGCUGUGGUUCAAUGGUGGCUGGACAAAACAGUGUCAAGACAAGAGUAGAGUAAACGACCUUCUAAUAGGCUUAGUUACGGA